AUCUAUGUAUACAUAUAUAUAUAUAUAUGUAUGUAAUGUAGAUAUUGUAUGCUUUCAUGCCUUCAGUAUAGAAAUGCUGCUAAGCUGCAAAAAUGGUGGAUGAGCAGGAAGUACAGCAGCUUGAGUUGCUGUGCAAACAAUUGUACGAGUCUCAAGAUUCAGCACAUCGUGCUGAAGCUGAAAAAGCACUUGUUGGUUUUCAAAAUGCACCAGACACACUCACUAAAUGUCAAUUAUUAUUGGAAAGAGGGGAUUCUGCUUAUGCCCAAUUACUGGCUGCUACAACAUUAACUAAAUUGGUAUCAAGAUCUGCUCAGGGUUUGAGUUUGCAGCAAAGACUUGACAUCAGGAAUUAUGUAUUAAAUUAUUUGGCAACGAGGCCAAAAUUACCGAAUUUUGUGAUACAAGCACUAGUGACAUUAUUUGCAAGAAUAUCAAAAUUGGGAUGGUUUGAUUCUGAUAAAGAUGAAUAUGUAUUUAGAAAUGUUGUUGGAGAUAUUUCAAAAUUUCUUCAGGGAUCUGUGGAGCAUUGUAUGAUAGGAGUACAAUUACUAUCUCAAUUGACCUGUGAGAUGAACCAAAUUUCUGAAGCAGAUGCCAACAGAUCGCUAACGAAGCACAGAAAAAUAGCCGGUAGUUUUCGUGACAUCCAAUUAUUUGAAAUAUUUCGAUUAUCAUGUUCCCUGCUCGGCACCGCGAGAGAAAAUUGUAAAAAUUUAAAUUUUAAUGAUGAAUCACAGCAUGGACUAAUGACGCAGUUGUUACGCCUUGCUCGUAAUUGUUUAACAUUUGACUUUAUUGGAACGUCAACGGACGAAAGUUCUGACGAUUUGUGUACAGUACAAAUCCCAACAAGUUGGAGACCAGCAUUCCUCGAUUUCACGACAUUAAAACUUUAUUUUGACUUGUAUCACAGUCUCCCUAAUACAUUGUCAUCAUUAGCAUUAUCGUGUCUAGUUCAAUUAGCUUCAGUAAGACGCAGCUUAUUUUCAAACACCGAGAGAGCUAAAUUUUUAACUCACUUAGUAAACGGUGUCAAGCACAUACUGCAAAAUCCUCAAGGCUUAAGUGAUCCUGGUAAUUACCAUGAGUUUUGUCGUUUAUUGGCCCGACUUAAAAGCAAUUAUCAGCUGGGUGAAUUGGUAAUGGUUGAAAAUUAUCCUGAGGCAAUUCAAUUAAUUGCUAAAUUCACAGUUCAGAGUUUGCAAAUGUGGCAAUUCGCUCCAAACAGCGUACACUAUUUACUGAGUCUGUGGCAACGUAUGGUCGCCUCGGUGCCAUAUGUAAAAGCGACCGAGCCCCAUCUGCUGGAAACGUACACACCGGAAGUAUCAAAUGCAUACAUAACAUCACGCCUUGAAUCAGUGGCUGUCGUAGUACGCGAAGGCUUAGAAGAUCCUCUUGAUGAUCUUGGUAUGGUACAGCAACAACUCGAGCAAUUGUCUGUGAUUGGUAGAUGCGAGUACCAAAAAACUUGCACGUUACUGGUCCAGUUGUUCGAUCAAGCGGCCCGGGCAUACCAAGAACUUUUAGCACAAACGGGAAACAACAACCCGACUCAUCAAAUUGAAAUAACAAUCCAGGAAGGCCAAUUAACGUGGCUUGUGUACAUUAUUGGCAGUGCGAUUGGUGGCCGUGUGUCAUUCAACAGCAAUGAAGAACACGACGCCAUGGACGGCGAGCUCGUCUGCAGGGUAUUGCAGCUGAUGAAUCUCACGGAUUCCGGUUUGUCUCAGGGCGGAUGUGAAAAACUCGAGCUUGCUAUGCUGAGUUUUUUUGAACAGUUUCGGAAAAUUUACGUCGGUGAUCAGAUACAAAAAAAUUCGAAAGUCUAUCGCAGACUGUCUGAAGUAUUGGGUCUGAGUGAUGAGGCCAUGGUACUCAGUGUUUUCAUUCGUAAAAUUAUUACGAAUUUAAAAUACUGGGGACGUAGAGAACAAAUUAUUUCAAGGACACUUCAAUUACUAACUGAUUUAUCUGUAGGGUACAGUUGUGUUCGUAAACUUGUAAAACUUGAAGAAGUACAAUUCAUGUUAAAUAAUCACACUAGUGAACAUUUUCCAUUCCUGGGUAACAAUGUAGCAGUAACGGAAAUGCGUUGCAGGUCAAUGUUCUACACAUCAUUGGGCAGAUUAUUGAUGGUAGAUUUGGGUGAGGAUGAGGAGAGAUUUCACACAUUCAUGUUACCCCUCACAGCUGCUCUCGAGAGUCUGGGUCAGUUAAUGGGCGCAGCUAAUACCCCAGUAUUUGCAGCAGAGGAAGCUAAAAAAGCUUUGAUAGGAAUAGCACGUGACCUACGUGGUCUUGCGUAUGCGUUUAAUACAAAGCCAUCUUACAUGAUGUUGUUUGACUGGAUAUAUCCAAAUUACACACCCAUUUUAUUGCACGCCAUUGAAUUAUGGCACCAUGAGCCGCAAGUUACGACGCCCGUAUUAAAAUUAUUUGCCGAAUUGGUACAAAAUCGUAGCCAACGGCUUCAAUUUGACGUAUCGUCGCCUAAUGGGAUACUAUUAUUCCGGGAAGCUAGUAAAGUAAUAUGUAGUUACGGCAAUCAUAUAUUAAAUGUCGAAGUACCCAAGGAUCAAAUUUACCCGCUUAAACUUAAGGGAAUAAGUAUUUGCUUUAGUAUGUUAAAAGCCGCGCUAUGUGGGAGCUACGUUAAUUUUGGUGUCUUUCGGCUGUAUGGAGACGAAGCAUUAGACAACGCACUAAAUACAUUUGUCAAAUUACUGCUCAGUAUACCUCAAAGUGACCUAUUAGACUAUCCAAAAUUAUCAGCAACGUACUACGUGUUACUGGAGUGUUUGGCCCAAGACCACAUGGCUUUUCUGUCAACCCUAGAGCCCCGAGUUUUUCUGUACAUCCUAUCGAGUAUCAGCGAAGGCCUAACGGCACUAGGUGCGCUUAAAGACUCCUAUACAGACACCAUGGUCUGUACGGGCUGUUGUGCGACGUUGGAUCAUAUUGUUACAUAUUUAUUUAAGCAGCUUUCACAAAAAGCUGGAGUCUAUCCAGGUAAAAAAAAUGCUGCAGUAACAGCCGGCGGUGAAUUAUUUUUACAAGUACUCAAACAACAUCCUGAAAUAUUGCAACAAAUACUGAGCACUGUUUUAAAUGUGAUAAUGUUUGAGGAUUGUAGAAAUCAAUGGAGUAUGUCAAGACCACUUUUAGGUCUCAUAUUACUUAACGAAGAGUAUUUCGGUCAAUUGCGUGAAAAUAUAAUAAGAAGUCAGCCAGUAGAUAAACAAGCGGCAAUGGCGCAGUGGUUUGAAAACUUAAUGGACGGUAUCGAACCAAAUUUGUUAACAAAAAAUAGAGAUAGGUUUACUCAAAAUUUAUCAAUGUUCAGGAGAGAUAUCAAUGAUUCCCUUAAAGGUCCGAAUAUGUCUGCCAAUUCAACCAACGAUAUGAUGACUUCGUAGUGUUAUUAAACAAAAAAAUGAUAAAGAAAAAGAAACUAUGAAUUCAUUGUACCUUGAUUUAAAUAAUAUGACAUUGCCUGCCGAUAAAUGAAUCAAAUGCACGUAUGUGUGUAUGUGAAUGUACGAGUGAUUAAGAAAGAAAGAAAUGAUUAAAGAAAAAAAAAGUUUUUGAAUAAAAAAAAGAAAUAAUAAUUAACAAGUGAAAUUUAUUAAAUUUAAUUAAUCAAUCACAUUAUUUUUUUUUCUAAUUUAGCCACAGAGUGAAGCG